UUCUGGCACGGAGAGCUGAGGAAUAUAAAGCCUGAUGGUGACAAAGGGAGCUCAUUGCCCAUUUUUCACUCUUUCUCUCACUGCUUUCAGACUUGGCAAUGGAUAUUCUUUGUGAUGAGGAGAGCUGUGUGCACCCAACUACAAACUCCUUGAUCCAAAUAAAUCCUGAGAGGAGACUCUACAGAAACAUUUAUGGAGCUGGAGAGCUUAAUAUAUCCCAUCUCUUUAACUUGACUGUGGACUCUGAAAACCUAACCAACCUUUCCUGUGAAAGCAGCACGAAUCCCUCGUGCUACUCUUCCCUGUUCCAGCUUUCCCAGAAGAACUGGCCAGCUCUGCUGACAGUGAUAGUGAUUGUUUUAACCAUUGCUGGAAAUAUUCUUGUCAUCAUGGCUGUGUCACUGGAGAAAAAGCUACAGAAUGCCACUAACUAUUUUCUAAUGUCACUUGCCAUAGCUGAUAUGCUGCUGGGUUUCCUUGUCAUGCCUGUCUCAAUGUUAACCAUACUGCACGGGUACACGUGGCCUCUCCCUACCAAGCUCUGUGCCAUUUGGAUCUACCUGGACGUGCUGUUCUCCACUGCCUCCAUCAUGCACCUCUGUGCCAUCUCCCUGGACCGCUACAUCGCCAUCCGCAACCCCAUCCACCACAGCCGCUUUAACUCCAGGACGAAGGCUUUUGCCAAAAUAAUUGCUGUUUGGACCAUAUCCGUGGGUAUCUCCAUGCCUAUACCUGUCUUUGGACUACAAGAUGACUCCAAAGUGUUUAAGAAAGACAGCUGCUUACUUGCAGAUGACAAUUUUGUCCUAAUAGGCUCUUUUGUGGCAUUCUUCAUCCCUCUAACUAUCAUGGUGGUCACCUACUUUUUAACCAUCAAGUCGCUGCAGAAGGAAGCCAUGCUAUGCGUGAAUGACAUUGGCCCAAAGACCAAGUUUGCCUCAUUUAGCUUCCUCCCCCAGAGCUCCCUCUCCUCAGAGAAACUCUUCCAACGCUCUCUGAACAGAGAUGUGGGGACUUCUGGGAGGAGAACCAUGCAAUCCAUCAGCAACGAGCAGAAGGCCUCCAAGGUCCUGGGCAUCGUCUUCUUUCUCUUCGUCGUGAUGUGGUGCCCGUUCUUCAUCACCAACGUCAUGGCCGUGAUCUGCAAGGAGUCCUGCAACCAAGAAGUCAUUGGGGAACUCCUGAACGUGUUUGUUUGGAUUGGGUACCUUUCUUCAGCCAUCAACCCCCUCGUCUACACGUUGUUCAACAAAACCUACCGCUCAGCUUUCUCCCGUUACAUUCAGUGCCGCUACAAGGAGGAGAAGAAACCUUUCCAGCUCAUUUUAGUGAACACUAUCCCUGCACUGGCAUACAAUUCCAGCCAGCUCCAGCUAGCCCAGAUGAAGAGUUUGAAGAAAGAAGCAAAAAUGAUGGCCACCAUAGGGAUACAUCAUUUAGAUGGUACCUCCAAGGGAAGCAUCAGCCCCUCAACGGAAAAGGUCAGCGGCGUGUGAUGCUUGGCAGCUGCCAGGACA